AUGGCACGCGGCCACGGUCGGGACGGCAGCCUAGGCUCGCUGGACGAGAACGUGUUCGACGAUGCAAAGACAUACUACACCUCCGACAACCGGCAUCUGCACCACAAGCGAAACCGGACGUACUCGCAGAGCGCGCUGGCCCGCAAGAUGGAGCGUGCCCUCGAGCUCAACGAGCCACACAGACGGGGCAGCCACGACGAGUCUAGCAGGCCCCAUUCUCGCCAAUUCCUCGUCGACGUCGACACCACGCUCGAGAGCCUGCAGGCGCAGGAGGACACGGACGGCAACAUGCAGAUCACCAUCGAGGACGCCGGCCCCAAAGUGCUUUCCCUGCCAACCGCCGCUUCGGACGGGUACAACCGCUUCGACAUCCGCGGAACCUACAUGCUGUCCAAUUUGCUACAGGAGCUGUACCUGGCCAAGGAGUAUGGCCGGAAGCGCAUCAUUCUCGACAUUGGCAGACUGAACGAGAACCCGGUCAACCGGUUGUCACGUCUCAUCAAGGAUCAGUUCUGGGAGGGUCUUACCCGCCGCAUUGAUGCCUCGUCCAUCGAGAUUGCUGCACGCGAUCCCAAGGAUUGGACAGAUGACCCGCGACCGCGUAUCUACGUUCCCCCUGGUGCUCCUGAGCAGGUCGAGUUCUACCGUAAAGUGGCUCGAGAUAGGCCCGAACUCCGGCUGGAUGUGCAGGUGCUCCCCGAGCCCAUCACACCUGAGCUCGUGCGAGACAUGAACGACAAGCCCGGCUUGCUGGCGGUGGAGAUGGAGGAGUACAUCGAUCCAAAGACUGGCGAGAAGACUCUUCGUGGACUCCCCUUUGUCGUUCCCGGAGGUCGCUUCAACGAAUUCUACGGAUGGGACAGCUACAUGACGUCUCUCGGCCUGCUCGUCAAUGACAGAGUCGACCUAGCUCAGUCCAUGGUCCUGAACUUCUGCUUCUGCAUCAGACACUAUGGAAAGAUCCUCAACGCCACAAGAUCAUACUACCUGUGUCGCUCGCAGCCACCUUUCCUGACAGACAUGGCACUUCGCGUGUAUGAGAAGAUCAAGCACGAGCCCGGCGCGAUGGACUUCCUCCGCACAGCCCUGAUGGCGGCGAUCAAGGAGUACUACUGCGUGUGGAUGGCAGAGCCUCGACUCGACCGCGCCACUGGCCUGUCUCGGUACCGGCCAGGUGGUCUGGGUGUGCCUCCUGAGACGGAAGCGUCCCAUUUCGUCCACGUGCUCGAACCUUAUGCCAAGAAGCACGGCAUGACCUUUGAACAGUUUGUCCGCGCGUACAACUAUGGAGAGGUGGUCGAGCCCGAGCUGGACGAGUACUUCCUCCAUGACCGUGCUGUCCGAGAGUCUGGUCACGACACGUCGUACCGUCUUGAGCGGGUUUGCGCCAAUCUCGCCACAGUCGACCUCAACUCCUUGGUGUACAAGUACGAGAUGGACAUUUCUCGGAUCAUCCGCAACCUCUUUGGCGACAACUUCACCAUGCCUGCGGAAUGGUGUGGCGAAGGCAUGACGCCUGGACAGAUCGAGACGUCGACUGUCUGGGAUCGACGCUGGAAGAGACGACGGGCUGCCAUGCACAAAUACCUCUGGAACGAGGAGAAGGGCAUGUACUUUGACUACGACACGGUCAAGCAGAAGCAGUGCACAUACGAGAGCUGCACCACAUUCUGGCCGCUCUGGGCCGGCGUGCCUGAUCCCGAAAAGGCGGCACGAGUGGUGAAGACGGCAGUGCCAAAGUUCGAGGCAUAUGGUGGGCUCUUGUCAGGCACCGAAGAGUCUCGGGGCGAGAUUACUCUGGAGCGGCCUAACCGACAGUGGGAUUAUCCCUACGGCUGGGCACCGCAGCAGAUGCUGGCCUGGACCGGCCUGGCCCGCUACGGCUAUGCCGAGUUGGCACAGAAGCUGGCUUAUAAGUGGUUGUUCAUGGUGACCAAGGCCUUCUUCGACUUCAAUGGUGUUGUGGUGGAAAAGUACGACGUGACGCGACCGGUCGAUCCUCAUCGAGUGGACGCAGAGUAUGGCAAUCAAGGCCUGGACUUCAAAGGCGUAGCAAAGGAAGGAUUCGGCUGGGUGAACGCCAGUUACGUCUAUGGGUUAGGCUUCAUCAACACAGAGAUGAAGAGAGCGCUGGGCACACUGACCCCGUAUGAGACGUACGAGAGGGUGCAGCAGGACCGAGAGGCUCGGAUCGAGUCUGAAUUGAUUUGA